UCGCGCGGGAUAACUGCUCCGCCAUACUAUUCGUUUUUUUGUUUGUUUUCUUUCUUUCUUUCUUUCCCCCUUUUUUUUUUUUUGUGUUUCUUCUUCUCCGUUGGCAUCGAAUAUGUAACAUAGAUGUACUCAUAUCUGUGCUUCGAUGGAUGAUGGAGAGGAGAAGUCGCUCUGUCCAGAGGGCAACCAACUUAUUGCAAGAACGCGAUGGAAAUUGUUAGCAAAGGUUUUACAGAAGACGGGCGCUGAGAAUGGCCAAUCGAGUUCUCAGCUUGCCCCAACUACCUCAAGACAAUUGUACGGCCUUUUCGAGUGGGAUGUUUUGAAAUCAAACCUGUUUUGGCAAGACAAUUGUGGUCAGUGGCUGCAAUGCUGUUCAUUCAACUACCCGCAUUUUUCUCUCAACGUUAGGUUCCUCAUCAAUCAAUUUUCCAUUGAUGAGUUAACAGGGUUCAAUAACACUGGCAAUGUUUGUGUUUGGCCUUCAGAGGAAGUCCUGGCCUAUUAUUGUAUGAAGAAUAAUUAUGUGUUCAAACAGAAAACCGUCCUAGAGCUAGGUGGAGGUAUGACGUGCCUGGCUUCCUUUGCCGUUGCCAAAACGUCUGACGCCAUGCUAGUCGCUUGCACUGAUGGCAAUCCCGCUUCCGUAGAGAACGUUAAGCGCAUUAUUGAGCACAAUAAUCUCAGCAGCACCUGCCCAAUAACUGCCCAAGUCUUAGACUGGAAAAACGAAUCGUCCUUUAAAGAAAUGGAAUCCAUGUGGGACGUCAUUCUCUGUGCUGAUUGUUUGUUUUUCGAUGACGGACGCGAAGCUCUAGUAGAUACCAUGCGGCGGAUAACAACGCGCAACGGACUAAUUUUAAUCAUGGCACCGAGACGAGGCCGAACACUAGACGCGUUUUUGGAACUUUGCCACGACAAGUUUGAUAUCUACCUCAACGAAGAAUUUGACAGCGAUGUCACUCGCUCCCAUCAAAAGAAGUUGCUGAGCCCAGAUUACAAUUCUGAUCAUAACUAUCCGCUAUUGGUCCAGUUAAAGAAACGUUAAUCUUUCCUUAAUUCAAACAUUUUGGCAAUGUUUUAUAGCUUCGUAAUUUUUGAUUUUUAUUCGUGUGAACCUUCCGGUGCAAUUGUUUUCACGUGUGUGCAGUUUUUGAUUCUCCAAUGUGAUCUUCAAAUCAGCAAUAAAAAAAAAAAAAAAAAAAAAACUGGUUAAAUAAUAA